GCCUCGUUUUGGAUAUCGACAUCCAUCGACCAACAUCAUGUCCUUGCUGAAGAGUAUAUGCCGGUCAGCCUCUUUAUUGAGACACGUUCCACGCGUGGCAACUGCAGGACAUCAGCGAUGGAUGGCCACAGAAGCUACACAGAUGUCGUUCACAUUUGCUUGCCCAGCACAGGUGUUCUACAAUGAGGCGAACGUGAGACAAGUGGAUGUUCCCUCGCACAGCGGUUCCUUCGGCAUCCUGCCGCAACACGUGCCUCUUCUCGCCGUGCUCAAACCCGGCAUUGUCACGGUGAUCGAGGACGCUGACAAAUCUAAGAAAUUCUUCGUGAGCAGUGGCUCGGUGACGAUCAACGCUGACUCUUCUGUGCAAGUACUCGCAGAGGAAGCUGUGCCACUCGAUCAGCUCGAUGCUGCAGCGAUCAGAGAGGGAUUGAGUAAGGCACAACAGUCGAUCGGCGCUGCAACCAACGACCAAGAACGGGCGAAGGUGCAGAUCGAGGUAGAAGUUUAUGAGGCCCUCGCGGAGGCAAGCGCGUAGGAAACAUCCGGGGGAGAGGAGAACGUCGUUCGUAUGGACACGCGGCGUUGUACAUUUCACAUAGGCGGUAAAUUAAACCCCUUAAAAAUUAUUAGGUGACGCAUGCGUCACUACAUGGCAUUGCCACCAGUUUAGAGAUAUCUGCAACCUAGAUGCUCUACACCGUGUUUGUGCUUUAAAGUUGGAAUUUGUGGCUAUUUAUUGAGGCGUCACUCACAUUGGCUUCUUUGUAGCCUUCCAGUCUGUUGAAUAGUGUUUUGUCUUCAUCUCCAGCUAUAAUUUCUUGUUACAAUAAACGUGAUAAGGUUAGUUAUAUAAAAAG